CUCUUCCUUUCUCUUCUGAACAGGAGCGUAAAGGAACAGCGAAAGUGGAUUUCCUGAAGAAGAUUGAAAGAGAGGUCCAGCAGAAGUGGGAGCGUGAUCGAGUGUUUGAGGUCAAUGCUGCAGACAGGAAGGACCAGAGGAGCAAAGGGAAGUACUUUGUUACCUUUCCUUACCCUUACAUGAAUGGCCGCCUGCAUCUGGGACACACGUUUUCCUUAUCUAAAUGUGAGUUCGCCGUCGGGUACCAGAGGCUGAAGGGGAGGAGCUGCCUGUUUCCCUUUGGGCUGCACUGCACGGGGAUGCCCAUCAAGGCUUGUGCAGAUAAGCUGAAAAGAGAAAUGGAGUUGUAUGGUUGCCCACCGGAAUUUCCUGAUGAGGAGGAGGAAGAGGAAGAAAAUUCUGGUAAAAAAGAGGAAGAAAUUAUCAUCAAAGACAAAGCAAAAGGCAAAAAGAGCAAGGCUGCUGCCAAGACUGGCUCUUCCAAAUACCAGUGGGGAAUCAUGAAGUCUUUAGGUCUGUCUGAUGAAGAAGUGGUCAGUUUUUCUGAAGCUGAGCACUGGCUGGAUUAUUUCCCUCCCCUUGCUGUCCAGGAUCUGAAGAGCAUGGGAUUGAAGGUGGACUGGAGGCGUUCCUUCAUUACAACAGAUGUCAAUCCCUACUAUGAUUCCUUUGUGCGAUGGCAAUUCCUUACUCUAAAGGAAAGAAAUAAGAUUAAGUUUGGCAAACGAUAUACAAUUUAUUCUCCUAAAGAUGGACAGCCUUGCAUGGAUCAUGACAGGCAAACAGGAGAGGGUGUUGGGCCUCAAGAAUACACGCUGAUAAAAAUGAAGGUGUUGGAUCCUUACCCUGCGAAAUUGAGUGGCUUGAGAGGGAAGAACAUCUUCCUGGUGGCUGCCACGCUGAGGCCAGAGACCAUGUUUGGGCAGACCAACUGCUGGCUGCGCCCAGACAUGAAGUACAUCGGCUUUGAGACGGGCGGCGGGGACAUCUUCAUCUGCACGCAGCGCGCCGCGCACAACAUGUCCUACCAGGGCUUCACCCGCGACAGCGGCGUGCUGCCCGUGGUCAAGGAGCUCAUGGGAGAGGAGAUUCUGGGUGCUGCACUUUCAGCACCCCUCAGCACCUACAAGGUCAUAUAUGCCCUGCCCAUGCUCACCAUCAAGGAGGAUAAAGGAACUGGAGUGGUGACAAGUGUUCCCUCUGACUCUCCAGAUGACUUUGCAGCACUGAGAGACUUGAAAAAGAAGCAGGCUCUGAGGGUGAAGUAUGGCAUCAGAGAUGAAAUGGUCCUGCCCUUUGAGCCGGUGCCCAUCAUUGAAAUCCCAGGCUAUGGCAGCCUUUGUGCUCCAUUUGUCUGUGAUGAGCUCAAAAUCCAGAGCCAGAAUGAGAGAGAGAAGCUUGCAGAGGCCAAGGAGAGAGUGUACCUGAAAGGAUUCUAUGAGGGAGUGAUGUUGGUGGAUGAAUUCAAAGGACAAAAAGUUCAAGAUGUCAAGAAACAGAUUCAGAAGCUGAUGUUGGAUAAGGGUGAAGCCAUGAUUUAUAUGGAGCCUGAGAAACAGGUCAUAUCGAGAUCUGCUGAUGAGUGUGUUGUGGCCCUUUGUGACCAGUGGUAUUUAGAUUAUGGUGAAGCAAGCUGGAAGAAACAGACGUCAGAGUGCUUGCAACAUCUGGAGACGUUCUGUGAAGAGACUAGGAGAAAUUUUGAAGCUACCUUAGGUUGGCUACAAGAGCAUGCGUGCUCCAGGACAUAUGGCUUAGGGACCCACUUACCCUGGGAUGAGCAGUGGCUGAUUGAGUCUCUCUCUGACUCCACCAUCUACAUGGCCUAUUACACCGUGGCUCACCUGCUGCAGGGGGGGAACCUCAGGGGCCAAGGAGAGUCUCCUCUGGGCAUCAGGGCGCAUCAAAUGACCAAAGAGGUUUGGGAUUACAUCUUCUUCAAGACAGCUCCGUUCCCUAAAACUGAGAUUCCAAAGGAAAAGUUGGAUAAGCUGAAGGAGGAGUUUGAGUUUUGGUAUCCUGUGGAUCUCAGAGUUUCUGGCAAAGAUCUUGUUCCAAAUCACCUGUCGUACUACCUCUACAAUCAUGUGGCCAUGUGGUCAGAGCAAAGGGAAAAAUGGCCAGUAGCUGUGAGAGCCAAUGGACAUCUGCUCCUCAAUUCCGAAAAGAUGUCUAAAUCGACAGGCAACUUCCUCACCCUCACUCAAGCUGUUGACAAGUUUUCUGCAGAUGGCAUGCGUUUGGCCUUGGCUGAUGCUGGAGACACUGUUGAAGAUGCCAACUUUGUGGAAGCCAUGGCAGAUGCUGGUAUUCUUCGUCUCUACACAUGGGUGGAGUGGGUGAAGGAGAUGAUUGCAAACAGAGACAGCUUGAGGAGUGGCCCAGCCAGCACCUUCAAUGACAGAGUCUUUGCCAGUGAGAUGAAUGCAGGCAUAAUGAAGACAGACCAAAAUUAUGAGAAGAUGAUGUUUAAGGAAGCUCUGAAAACUGGCUUCUUUGAGUUUCAGGCAGCCAAGGACAAGUACCGGGAGCUGGCCAUCGAGGGCAUGCACAGGGAGCUGGUGUUCCAGUUCAUCGAGGUGCAGACUCUGCUGCUGGCUCCCAUCUGCCCCCACCUGUGCGAGCACAUCUGGGCCCUGCUGGGGAAGGCUGAGUCCAUCAUGAGGGCCUCGUGGCCAGCAGCAGGGCCCGUGGACGAGGUGCUGAUCCGCUCCUCUCAGUACCUGAUGGAGGCCGCCCACGAGCUCCGCCUGCGCCUCAAGAGCUACAUGGCCCCUGCCAAGGGAAAGAAAAGUGCAAAAGAGCCUUCCCAGAAGCCUUCCCACUGUACCAUCUACGUGGCAAAGAGCUACCCACCCUGGCAGCACACCACGCUGUCCGUCCUGCGCAAGCACUUCCAGGGCAGUGGAGGUCAGCUGCCAGAUAAUAAAGUAAUUGCCAGUGAGCUGAACACCUUGCCAGAGCUGAAGAAGUAUAUGAAGAAGGUGAUGCCUUUUGUUGCCAUGGUUAAGGAAAACUUGGAGAAAAAUGGUUCUCGUGUUCUUGAUCUCGAGCUGGAGUUUGAUGAGCGUGCAGUGCUCAUGGAGAACAUUGUCUAUUUGACAAAUUCCCUGGAGCUGGAUCACAUUGAGGUGAAGUUUGCUUCUGAAGCAGAAGAUAAAAUCAAAGAAGAGUGCUGUCCUGGAAAACCAUUUUCUGUAUUCAGAACUGAGCCUGGCGUGUCCGUGUUCCUGGUGAACCCUCAGCCCUGCAACGGCCACUUCUCCACCAAAAUGGACAUCAGGCAAGGGGACAACAGAGAGACCAUCGUCAGGCGCCUGAUGAAGAUGGACAGGGGCAUCAAAGAUCUCUCCAAAGUGAAGCUGAUGAGGUUUGAUGAUCCCGUGCUUGGCCCCCGCCGUGUUCCAGUGCUUGGCAAAGAGGAAGCAGGGAAAUCUCCAAUCCUGGAGCAAGCCAUCUUCCACAUUGACCUGGCCCAGAGGCACGUCUGUGUCACUGAGAAUGGCCUGACAAGGGACAUUGGGGACACAAUUGUUUACCUGGUCCAUUGAACUGCCGUGUAUCCAGUGAGAAGGGUCAUGGAGGGACUUGGAAGCAUUUGUAUUAAACAAAGGGGAGAAUUAGUUCUGUAAAAAAAUAAAACCCACCCAAACCAACUUGAGUUCACAUUUGAGUUGCCCCUGCUCUUUUAAACAGGGAUUUAAUAAAUUUUUUUUCCUGUGGUGUUUUGGCUUCUCUUGGAAAGAAAGUUACCCUGGAGACCCUUCUUUUCCAGCUGUGGGCAGGGUCUUCAGGAACAAAUUUGAACGCCAUGCUUACAAUUCUACUCCUUGCUCCAUCCAGGGAGCUGUGCUGCUUCUGAGCUGCACUCAGCUCCCUCCCAAGCUGAUUGAGCCAAAGGCUUUAACUGAAGAGCCUGGCUGGGGAGAGGGGUGGCCCUGGCAGGUGGGAGCUGGUGUGACACAAGGCGAGGACCAGCAUGGUGUCACCUGUGCUGCCUCUGAGUCCUUCUGGCACUUUGCAGGUCUAGGGUCUCAUCGUGGUUUAUUCUCUCCUGGGUUCUGCCUCAGGAUGCUUUUAUUCCAGUUCAUACCCACAGUCAGUGGCCCUCUCACCCUCCCUUUGCCCUCAGUUCCCAACAGGCAAAACCUGAAAUAAGAAAGGGAAAAUAAACAUGCUUUCAUGCAAAAAGUUUUAAUGGUGCCACAGCAGCUCCCACAGGCUGGUGUCUCACACAGUGGGUGCCAGAUCUUUCCUGAGCCCCAUUUUCCCCAGUGCACCCCCCCAGUGCUUGCAGUGCAUGAGGGGCUGUAAUCCAUUUGGCCCCAGUUAAUUUAAUUAUCUACAAGCUACAGAGCUAAGCAUUAGUGCUAUAAACUUAGAUGAAUAAACUUCUGAAAACUUAAAAUGUCUUUAAACCAUUGCUUUUUUUUUUUUACAGAGAUACAAAAUAAAUAGCCUGAGGAUUAAUACAAAACAGGAAACUAAUAUCUUCUUGUUUAUUGACUUUUCUCCCAAAUAGUACCUUAAAUUGAAAAAACCUUUUUAAAAAAUGAACUUCACUUCAUGGAAAAAAUAUUCAGCAUCCCUGAAUUUGUACAAGUGUCUCUGAACAAUAAACUAAACAUUAUUUGUUCUUCCUAUCCAUCACCAACUAAGCAAAUGUUAUACAUCCUACUGUUUCUAAGAUAUGUAAUGUAAAAAUAGUAAUUUAUGAUUUCUCA